UUCAAAAAUUGGGGAUGCUAAUUUAUUGAAAAUUCUGUAUGACAAUGGGUCUAAAAGUGUUUUGGGCCUAAUUUGCAAAAAAGCUGUUUUGUAUGCAUUAACAAAGAAAGGAAGUGAGUUGAUCUCGACCCUUAGAUAUGGCACCAUUCUGAUUAGUUUUCCAUUAAGUUGUGAGUUUCCAAAUUUGAUGCCUACUUGAACUAGAAAUUUUUGUCAGAUACCUUUUGAAAUCUCAGGCUUUUAUUAAAACCGAAUGUAAAAUGCAUUUGUGUAAUAAAAUACCUCAGUACAGCUGAAUUUAAGGAAUAUUUUCCUGUUUCUAAUAUAGAAGAAUAGAGACUCUACAUGCAUUUUUUUAAUUUGAAAAACAUGUAAGUCCUUCCAUAAUGCUUUGAUAUCAAAUUCUAAAGAGAUCUGACUACUAAAGUUCUUAAAAGUACUCAAUCUUGAGCAAACCAACUUACUUUAAAAAACAAAUAGAACAAUCUUAUGUGAGCAUAUCUGUUACAUCAUCAUUUAAGAUAGGAAAAAGAUUAAUGCUAGAAAAUCUUGAGAUUAUUCAGACACAUUUGAGCUGUAAUAACAAAACUGCAGCUUGGAGCAGAUUUUUUCUAAAGCAAAAUGCUCUUUUUCUACAGACAAUUUAGGAAGAGAAACUACAGCUCUGUGUACUUUCAGUUCAAUGUGAAUUUGUACAUGGGCACAUAUUACAAUUGUCUGUUUUUCUUUUUAGGGUUCAUAUAAUCAAAGGAGUUUCUUUGUUGUGUGUAUCUUUUCAGAACACAACAGGAAUUCAAAAUGAAUCAGAACACAAGUGAGUCCCCUGUUGCUGUGGAGACCUUGGAUGAUGUUCCUGAGCACGUGCUUAGGGGCCUUCCUGAGGAUGUGAGGCUCUUCCCAUCUGCUGUUGACAAGACUCGGCUUGGUGUCUGGGCAACAAAGUCAAUUUUGAAAGGCAAGAAGUUUGGACCAUUUGUUGGUGACAAGAAAAAAAGAUCUCAAGUUAAGAGCAAUGUGUACAUGUGGGAGGUGUAUUACCCCAACCUGGGCUGGAUGUGUGUGGAUGCCACCGACCCAGAAAAGGGCAACUGGCUGCGCUACAUCAACUGGGCACGCUCGGGGAAGGAGCAGAACCUCUUCCCUCUGGAGAUCAACAGGACCAUUUACUACAAGAGUUUAAAGCCAAUCGCGGCGGGAGAGGAGCUGUUGGUGUGGUACAAUGGCGAGGACGACCCGGCGAUAGCGGCCGCGAUCGAGGAGGAGCGAGCGAGCGCCCGCAGCCGCCGGCACUCCCCGAAGGCUCGCAGAGGAAAGAAGAAGACUCAGGAAGGUAAAAACAAGGGGAAGAAGGCAGCAGAUACAAAACAGAAAAAGACUGAUUUGGAUUCUACUUCUGCAGAUAUGAGGGAUUCUAAAGAAGGUCAUAAAGAGGAAGAUGAAACUCCUUCUGUUUCUGCUGUGCUGUCUCUGGAACAAACAGCUGUGAUUCAGGAGAUGGUAAAUCAGGAUGUCCUUCCAAAGCUGAUGAUCCCCAGUCCCACCAACGAAACACAAGUGGUAACUGAAGACAAACAAGGAGAAGCCAUAAACUGUGCAUCAGAUGAUUUAGAUGACGAUGAAGAGGAGGAUGAAGAAGAGGAGGAUGAAGAGGAGAUAGAAGAUACCAAUAUGCCUAAAGAAAAUGCUGAAAUGCCUUUGAUAUGUGAAGAAAAGUUGGACUCCAUGGAAGAACAAAAGAGUACAUCAGAGGAAUCUCCAGAAAGCUCUCCAAAGAAAAAACUCGUGGUGAAAAUUCCAAAAGCAGAGGGGGAAUCCAACGGUGAUGUUCAGGAAACAUUCAUGUUUCCUUGCCAGCAUUGUGAGAGGAAGUUUACAACAAAGCAAGGACUCGAGCGCCACAUGCACAUCCACAUCUCCACCCUGAGCCACGCGUUCAAGUGCCGCUACUGCGGGAAAGCCUUCGGCACUCAGAUCAACAGGCGCAGGCACGAGCGACGCCACGAGGCCGGGCCCAAAAGGAAACCAUUCCUCACACUGACCUCCUCACAACACUUGGAUAAUGUUGCUGAUAACCAAGUGAUUGUGGAUGAUGGUCUUAAAGAUGACCUGAAUGUUUCCAGUCUUGUGCAGGACUCUGUUGUCUUGGAUUCUGAGAAAGUUUCCCAGGAAAUGUCAAACUCCGCGUUUGCCGAGGAGAAUAAGGAGCCCAAAGAAUUGCAUCCGUGCAAAUACUGCAAGAAGGUUUUUGGUACUCACACCAACAUGAGGAGGCAUCAGCGUAGGGUUCACGAGCGUCAUCUUAUUCCCAAAGGUGUCAGGAGAAAAGGGUUCUUCACUGAAGAGCCACCUCUCCCAACAGAGCCAGCCCCAGCAGUCCAGAGUGUGUACACAGCGAGCACAGAAAUAGAAGAGGAAGGUGAAGGAGAUGAUGUCUAUCUUAUGGAUAUAUCCAGCAAUAUCUCUGAGAAUUUAAAUUACUAUAUUGAUGGGAAAAUUCAGUCCAACAGCAACACUAGCAAUUGUGACGUGAUUCAGAUGGAGUCCAACUCUGCAGACUUGUAUGGAUUGAAUUGUAUAAUCAGUCCGGUCACAGUGGAAAUUUCCACAAAUUUAAAGGUUACACAAACACAUGUGAAUGAACCUCCUAAGGAACCCUCUAGCAGUGGGAGCAGUGAAUCCAAAAAGAGAAGAACUGCCAGCCCUCCUCUUGUACCAAAAAUAAAAACUGAAAUAGACCCAGAACCUAUAACUCCUACUAGUUCUUUAAAUCUUCCUCUUAGCAUUUCAACAGAAAGCUUACCUUUUCAUAAAGAAAAAGGGGUUUAUUUGUCAUCAAAAUUAAAGCAGCUUCUUCAGACACAGGACAGUAAGAAGAUGACUCCAUCAAGUGAAAUCCCUAAAAUAGGACCUUCUGUUACAUCAUCAUCUGUUUUGCCUCCAGUAUCCAGCAGGUUUAAAAGAAGGACCAGCUCUCCUCCCAGCUCUCCACAGCACAGUCCAGUGCUUCGAGACUUUGUCAAAUCAGGUGAGGGAAGAACUGUGUGGAAUGAUAAUAUUAGGAGUUCAAAAAUGCCAAAGUUAGAAAGCCACAGCAACUCACCUGCUUGGAGCUUGACUGGAAGGGAGGACAAAGAGACUUUGAGCCCUCAUUGCUUUGAAGAAUAUAAAAUAUCAAAAGACUGGACAGCAGCUCCAACUUUUGGCAAUGUGUGCAACCAGCAGCCCCUGGAUUUAUCCAGCGGUAUGAAACAAAGGUCUGAUGUCAAAAGCAAGACUCAGGUUCCCUGGGAAUCUGUUUUAGAUCUGAGUGUGCAUAAGAAGCCUUGCAGCGAUGCUGAAAUUAGGGAAUGCAAAGAAAACUCCACACAUGCGACGUGCAGUGGUGUUAAGAAGAAGAAGCCCACCACGUGCAUGCUGCAGAAGGUUCUGCUGAACGAGUACAACGGGACGGACGCAGCCCCGGAGCAGCCGGGCACCGACAGCCCCGGCGCGGCCCCGCAGCCUCCGGCCGAGCCCGACACUGAUCCCGCUCCCUCAGCAGCAUCUUCCAGUGACACUCAGCCCCUCAGCUCCUCUGCUGCCUCCCCUGUGCCACAGGCACCUGCUGCACCUGCUGUGUGCCAGCUGCCCCCGUUGUUAACGCCCACCAACCCCCCCCCCCCGCCGCCCUGCCUGCCCGUGUUAACCGUGGCCACGUCGCCUCCCCCCCUGCUCCCACCCAUGCCCUUACCCAUUCCAGAUGUCUCUGCCAGUGCCACUAACACCUCCUCCUGUCCUUCACCACUCUCCAACACUACUACCCAGUCCCCACUACCAGUUCUUUCACCUACAGUUUCUCCUUCUCCAUCCCCAGUCCCUUCUGUUGAACCUCUUAUUUCUGCUGCUUCACCUGGCCCCCCUACACUGUCUUCCUCAUCUUCCUCCUCCUCUUCCUCCUCUUUCUCAUCCUCUUCCUCCUCAUCGUCUCCAUCUCCACCUCCUCUUUCUGUGGUUUCUUCUGUUGUUUCCUCUGCUGAUAACCUUGAAAGUUCUCUCCCAAUAAUAAAACAGGAAGAAGCUGAAAGUGAGCAGCAGAAAGCGAGAGAAGAGCCUCAUACUUCAAGUGAAUCAGGAGUAGUGCAGGAAACCUUCAACAAGAGCUUUGUGUGCAAUGUCUGCGAAUCACCUUUUCUUUCCAUUAAAGACCUAACGAAGCAUUUAUCCAUUCAUGCUGAAGAAUGGCCCUUCAAAUGUGAAUUCUGUGUACAGCUUUUUAGGGAUAAAACAGACUUGUCAGAACAUCGCUUUCUGCUUCAUGGAGUAGGGAAUAUCUUUGUUUGUUCAGUGUGUAAAAAGGAAUUUGCUUUUUUGUGCAAUUUGCAACAGCAUCAACGGGAUCUCCAUCCAGACAAAGAGUGCACACAUCAUGAAUUUGAAAGUGGGACUUUGAGACCCCAGAAUUUUACUGACCCCAGUAAGGCAAAUGCAGAGCACAUGCAGAACCUGCCAGAAGAUUCUUUGGAACCUUCAAAAGAGGAGGAAGAUGAAGAUCUAAAUGAUUCUUCUGAAGAGCUUUAUACUACUAUAAAAAUAAUGGCUUCUGGAGUGAAAUCUAAAGAUCCAGAUGUCCGUAUGGGCCUCAAUCAACACUACCCAAGCUUUAAACCACCUCCGUUCCAGUAUCACCAUCGUAAUCCUAUGGGGAUUGGAGUUACUGCAACAAACUUCACAACCCAUAAUAUCCCACAGACUUUUACUACUGCCAUUCGAUGCACAAAAUGUGGCAAAAGUGUUGAUAACAUGCCUGAGUUACACAAACACAUACUGGCCUGUGCAUCUGCUAGUGAUAAAAAGAGAUACACACCCAAAAAAAAUCCAGUCCCCCUGAAACAGACAGUGCAGCCUAAGAAUGGCAUGGUGGUCAUUGCUGGGCCUGGGAAGAACGCCUUCAGACGAAUGGGUCAGCCUAAAAGACUCAAUUUCAAUGUGGAGAUUAGCAAAAUGUCCUCCAAUAAACUAAAAAUAAGUGCAUUGAAAAAGAAAAACCAGCUCGUACAGAAAGCUAUCCUGCAAAAAAAGAAAUCUGCUCAGCAGAAGGCAGAACUGAAAAAUAACCCAUCCGAGACAGACUCUCACAUCUGCCCCUACUGUAACAGAGAGUUCACUUACAUUGGGAGUUUGAACAAGCACGCAUCAUACAGCUGCCCCAAAAAACCCAUCUCUCCCUCCUCCAAAAAGAAUUCUUCCAAAAAAAGUGCAGCUUCUUCACCUGCAAACAGUGACAAAGGCAGCAACCAGCGCAGGCGAACAGCGGACGCAGAAAUCAAAAUGCAGAGCACUCAGCCUCACCUGGGCAAGACCAGAGCACGAACCUCAGGACCUGCACAGCUCCAGCUCCCUUCUGCCUCCUUCAAAUCCAAACAAAACGUUAAAUUUGUACCUUCCAUGCGAUCUAAAAAGCCAAAUUCAUCUUCAUCCUUGAGGAACUCUAGUCCUGUAAGAGUGUCUAAAAUGUCCCAUGUUGAUGGGAAAAAAACUAAGGUGGUUUCUAAGAACAAUUCCUCUGGAAUCUCCAGCAAAGCCUCCCGGAAAUUGCACGUCAGAAUACAAAGGAAUAAUAAAGCUGUUUUGCCAAGUAAAUCUGCUGUGGCAAGUAAGAAAAAGGCAGACAGGUUCAGUGUAAAAUCUAGAGAGAGGAUUGGAGGACCAAUCACACGGAGUCUGCAGCAGGCAGCAAAUGCAGAAGCAGCAGAAAACAAAAGAGAUGAAAGCAGUACAAAGCAAGAACUGAAAGAUUUCAGGUAAGCAUUUAAUUUGAAGUUGAAACAACCCAGGAACACGUUGCUUGCUGUUUUGCUUGCUGGUCUUUUUUUUUUUUUUUGUCUUUUUUUUUCAUCUUUUUUUUUGAGUUUCUCAUGCUUAAAUAAAAAAAGAAGUUGCAUUUCCUAAAACAUGGAUGAGCAGCUUACUGAUGCUGGGGUAUGAUGUACAUACUUGAUGCAUUUUGUCAUGUCAUGAAAUUAUACACGGUUUGUAUAGAGAAUGUCUUUAAUUAUAAACUGAAAUGAAAACUCUGGAAAAAAAAUGUCAAUACCUGAGUGCAAAUAAACUUCAUGUCAUUAAACUCAAUGUUAUUGGAGACACUGACCUUGUAUUUGGUAUCUGACAUCUAAGGUAGCCCAGAAGCAUUCUAGAUUUAUUUAUGGUGGUUCACUAAGUUAAAAAAUAUGACUGCAUUCUUUACUCACUAAAAUAACUUGCUUUGGUUUGUAAUAAAAAGCAUUCUCUGCAUAUAUAUAUAUAUAUGAAAGAAACAAACCACGACCAAAUACUUCAGAAAUGUAUGUGCAUACGGACUGAGAUCAUAAAAUACUUAAUAUAAGGGAAAUAGACAUGUAAGAAAAGUUACAUGAACAUGUAAAUUUGUUAGAAGUAUCAUGCUUUUUAUGUUUCACUAUAAAACUUUAUAAUUAAAGUUCUAUUUCUUUUUGAGAAGAAGCAUUUUAAUCACAAGAAAGGGUAAUCCUUCAAUAAAUAAAUAAAAAAUCUUAAUCUACGUG